CAGAUUUCCGAGGUAAUCACCAGCGACCACCGCGACCUCGAGGAUGCCUACAACCACAUCAAGAGCGCCGCGAACGAAGAGGACCAGGUGAAAUGGCAGAACCAAUUUACCUGGGCGCUGGCCCGCCACUCUCUGGGCGAGGAGCUGGUGGUGUACCCGUCCAUGGAGAAGCACCUGAAGAACGGCCCCGAGAUGGCCGAGCACGAUCGCAUGGAGCAUCAAGUCGUCAAAGAACUCCUCUACAAAUUCCAAGGGCUCAAGCCUACCGACCCGGAAUUCAUGCCGGUGCUGGAGAACCUCUGGGGCAACCUCGCACAACACAUCAAGGAGGAAGAAGGGAAAGAUCUGCCGCAGCUGGAGAAGAGCUUGGACGAGGGGGAGUCUCGGCAGAUGGCGGCCUCGUUCCACCGGACGAAGCAGUUUGUGCCGACGAGGAGUCACCCCAAUGCCCCGAACAAGCCGCCUUUUGAGACCGUCGCGGGAUUGAUGGCGGCGCCGAUGGAUAAGAUUAAGGAUAUGUUUAGGUCGUUUCCGGAG